AUGCGCUCAAAGCUGUCGACGGUGUUUAACCAACGCCGGAGCCGGCGGGCCCCUCCGUUCAACACCGCGUGUCUGCAGAACGGAGAUGUUGCCCACAGGUACGCGCAGCAGCUGGAAGCGAAUCUACCAGGUGAGGAGGAACUUGGCGCAGCCUCGCUCGAAGAUGGUUGGAGCCGUAUUCGCUCAGCCAUCGGCAGUGCAGCAGAAGCCACGCUGGGUAGUGCGAUCCGAGUCAGUCGAAACGAUUGGUACGAUGACGAGUGCCAACAGAUUACCGCCGAGAAGAAGGCAGCUUACGAUAAGAAGCUGCACAAGGCGACGAGAGGGAACGUGGAACGGUACCGGCAGGCUCGGAAUCGGCAGGUCGCGGUCUUCAAGCUUAAGAAGCGCCACCAAGAAGACCGAGAUUGCGCGGAAAUGGAGCAGCUAUUCCGAACUAACGAAACGCGUAAGUUUUACGAGAAGGUGAACCGGUCCCGUAAAGGCUUCGUGCCGCGAGCCGACGUGUGCAGGGACAACGAGGGAAACCUGAUCGUAAACAAGAGCGAGGUGUUGGACAGGUGGAAGCAGUACUUCAACGAGCACCUCAACGGCGAUGAAGCGGACGGAGACGGCGUUGAGUCAACCUUGGAGCGCCCGCAGCUGAUGAACAGUUCCCGGCGCCUGAUCUAG